UCUUAAUCUACACAAAGAUUUCUCACAAUUUCUCUCUUUCUUUUCUCUCAUAAGAGCUCUCACUCAAUGUCUCUUGCUUUCUCCUACUCUUGCUUCCCAUUGCCUUUGCAUGCAUGGAUGACUCGAGGUUUUGUGAAACCCCUUUAAAUUCUUGCUCCUCACAACCUGAAAGCUUGACCAGUAGUCCAGUUUCUCCAUACAGAUAUCAAAGACCACUAGGUGCUUUCUCAUCCACUCCAAACAGUUCAUACCCUUCAUAUGGUUGCAACAUCAGUUCUGUCACUUGUUCACCUUCUCGUCAGCGAGGAUCAGACACUGAGGGCCGGUUCCCAUCAUCACCUAGCGAUAUUUGUCACUCAGCUGACUUGAGGAGGGCUGCACUCUUGCGCUCUGUACAGCUGAGAGCACAACCUUCUGGUCCAUUGCCUUUUGAGUUGCCAUUUGGUUCAGCGCAAGAGCCUGUCUCAGACAUUGAAGUUGAAGAGCGGCCAUGCUCAUUUAUUAAGUCCUUAGUUGAUGACAGAGAUUAUCGUGUUGAAGACUGUCCUCUGGUUAUGUCGGAGCCUGAAUUUAGUGAAGGAAAGCCAAGCAACAAGUCAAAUCUAAAUAACAAGGAGGAUGAAUCUGGGGGUUAGAUUCUUUUGAGUUUGAGAAAUGGAUUUUAAACACCAGCUUCAUCGGAAAACUACUCUGUACUGUAUAACGGCAGGAGAGAACUGACCAUUAGCAGCAGCACACCCCAGUCAAAGUUGUUUGGUGUGCGAGGUUAAUGGUUUGCAUGAGGGAAGGCAUCGAGGUCUUGUUACUGGCGCUCUUUAAUCCUCAUUUUAUGCCUUCUCAUAUGCUUUUCGGCAGCAAUUCGACCGACAUUCCUGUUGUAGAUUUGGAUCUACGUGCUCAUUAUUUCUUGGAGUACUUAGCGAUUGUCCUUUUGUUGCCAUGUCUCGUUUUUAUGGCAGCGAGUAUAAAAUUCAAAAAUACAGCAAUGUAUGUCACAACUUUGAGGUGGUAUUGCAUGAAAUGAGAGUGGAAUCAGAAGCAUUUGCU